CUAUCUGCUGGGCAGACAUUUCCCAUGAGAGAGAGUGCGUCACGCGCUGCCGGCAGUUGUUUGCUGAUCGCCGCGUCGGGCAGACACGGUCAUUCUGGGUCAUACGGUCUCCCAAGUUUUUGCUGUUUUCUUUCAGAUAAGGCCACGAUACUUGUUACGCAGCUCUACAGGUUACUUAAUUUCCUAAUUGGUUCAUCAUGUGGAUGUCGAGUCCUUGCUUUAAAGUCUGCCGGCAGCGCGUGACGCACUCUCUCUCAUGUGAAAUCUCCGCACCAGCAGAGGUGAUUUGCCUCGAAAAAUUAGAAGCACACUUCAACUGACCUACGAGUGAGGGCAGUGUCAUUCCUCCUGUCCACUACCCCAACUUCUACUCCCAACACUACCACAGCAAUGAGCGGUCUGGUGUGGUGGCUGAGGAUUCUUUUGAAGAGGACAACGCUUCUGCUUCAUCUGAGCAGGUGGUGAGCUACAGCUACCUGGCUGCACCUCAAGGCCAAAGCCACUCCAAAGAUGUGGUCUAUGGGUCUAGUGCAGCAGCCAAGCCUCCUUCCUCUGGCCACAGCUUCUCUGCCAGAUCUCCAACUCUUGGCCAGACACUUUCACUGGAAACUCAGAAAUCUGGUCAUACAGCAGCUCCUGGCCAUGCCUCAGACCAUACUCACCUCAGCACUACACCACCUGUUAUUACUGCCUUCCAGUCCUCAAAAUUAUCUCACAUUUCCUCUUCCCCCAUUAGUCCAUUCCUCAUCAUUCUCUGCACCAUCACCUUUUUUCUCCUCAUCCUUCUCACCUUCUGCUCACUCAUCAUCUCCCCCACAACCAUCACUCCCUCCUGCCUCUCCAUUUACUCAUCCUGAAGCCAUAUUUGCCAUGCACCAAACUUCUGCCACAGUUCACCCUGCUGAUCCCAGCCAAUUUAUCAUCAAGGACUCCACUUUCCAGUGCGUGUGUCAAGGCUGAAGGAAGGACUUGGAUAGUGAAUGUGAUAGUGUGGGUGAUUGGGCCACUCAGAAAAAAUUAUACGAUCAAUCAUACAAAAGUGUGAUGCAUGCUUCAAGUGCCAAUGAAGAGCAUUAUGAUAAGGAUAUAUAUAUAUAUAUAUAUAUAUAUAUAUAUAUAUAUAUAUAUAUAUAUAUAUAUAUAUACACACACACAUUGUAUAGGUCUUCUUGAUAACUUGUUUUGCAGGGAAACUCCAGUUUCCUUCAACUUUAUUCUUUCGUCAGUUGCUGUUUUGCCUAUUUCUGCAGGCACCUUCAAGCUAAAAAAAACAAUAAAAUACUAUGUAAAAGUUGUAUAAAAUUCACAUCAUAUGGCACUACACACAAAAAACAAAACACUACAAGCACCAAGAUUAUAAACUGGAUUGACAGAAAACAAUAAGUAUCCACACACAUCUUGCCUGUAUGGCAAUGAGAGAGGGACUGAAAUAGUUGGGUUCCUACACUAUGAUAAUGGUAUUGGAACGGGCCUCCGAAACAUUAUCUUACAAUAUGUGAUUGACUUGAUGUUAAGUUAUUAUUCAGUACUGGAUUUAUGUGUGUAAUAUAUAUUGCCUCUAAUAAUUUUGUAUCCAUAUUGGACUCGGUCUUGUGUAGUAUUCUGAAAUCUUUGUCACAAAAAGGGAUGAUCAUAUUCAUGUGAAUGGGAACUUAUUGCUGAAAAUGAUGGAACAGCUGGUUGAUUAUUAGUUCAAGGAGAAAUACCUUUAUGUUCAGCAAUUCUAUGUGCAAGGUUAUGUCUAGUCUCAUAAAGUUUGGUGGCAUCCCUACUUCCUUGAUGCCAUUUUCCUAUUGUUCUGUGCCAAUAGAAUGGAAUACAUCUACAACAAAUAAGAGAUAGCAUAUAUCACCGUUCCCUCACAUAUUCAUGGUUUUGCAUAUUUGUGGAGUUUUCCCUAACCUAACCUAACUAAUGGGGAGUUUUCAGAGUUGCCAGGUGUCACCACCAGCUCAGUCUUUCAGCCCAAAGCACCCAAAUUAUUCUUUCAGUUAUAAAUUACAGUAACCCAAGAUAUAACGAACACAUAUGGGGGGAGAGUGGGUCACUUGAGAUGAAAAUUUGCUAUAUAUGUGUAUAGAGAGAGAGAGAGAGAGAGAGAGAGAGAGAGAGAGAGAGAGAGAGGCAGCAGACAGCAGCCUUAAAUAGGUUGUUUUACCUGAAAUUUGGUAAAUAGAAGUUCAUUAUAUCAAGGGUUUAUUGUACAUAUCAACUUAUUCCUCUUUUAUUUUAUAGUGCACUGUAUUUUUUAAUUAAAAUAUCAUGUACUAUACAUAUAAUAACUGUUUUUUAUUGUCUUAAAGUGAAUUGCUUAGUAAAUGUGAGAUGCAUAGUUUAAGGUUUAAACUAUAAAUAUAGGUAGUUCUGAUCCUUAUAAGGAUGGUUUCCCAUAUUCACAGAUUUUAACUAUUUGCAGGAGGCUCUGGAAUGUAACUCCCACAGAUGGCAGGGAAACACUGCAUAUCUUCCCUCCCACAACAGCGA